UCAUCUGUUCCCCAAGAGUCUUAAGCUCUAUAUUUAUUUUGUCCACCUCUGGAGCCUCCACACGAGGGCAGGACCCAGCACAGUGGCUUUCACCUGUUGGCCUUUGAAGACUGCUGCUGUGCCCACGGGUAGACAAAUGGUUCUCCAGGACCCCACUUUUAUUCUAGUUUAUGCACUGAAGUGGAAUCUCUGGAUGGCAUGGCGGCUUCAUGUUUAAUUCUUCGAGGAGCCUCUACUGUUUUCAUAGCUGAGCUGUUACCUCCUCCUCGUCGGUGGUUCACAAGGGUCCCAAUCUCCACUUCUCACUUACCCUUGUUCUUUCCUGGGUUUUGUGACAGUGGCCAGUCUGAUGGGUGUCAGGUGGUACAUUACAUGUAGUUCUGCUUUGCAUUUACCUAAUAACUAGUGAUGUUAAGUGGUUUUCCAGUUUAUUGGCCUUUUGCGUGUCUGUUUCAGCAAAAGGUCUAUUCGAGUCCUUUGCCGUUUUUUUGUUUCUUUUUCUGUGUCAGGGCCCAUGCUAGCCCUGAGCCACAUCUUGGCCCCCACUUUGUGCAUCUUUGAGUUGAGUUUUGUGCAUUUGGUUGAGUUUACCUGACCUGUUUUCUCCAACAGUGCUGGUGGGUUUGUGGGAGGCACCCCGGCAUAAGUGCUGUUUUGCAGAAGGCUGCCCUGGCGUAAGGACACAGGCCUCCUUUGCACCUUCGAAGCUUGCUGGAGAAAACUAGUAUCUUCCAGAAGGGCUAAGCACACAGUUCCGGCCCCAGCCCCUGGAAUCAGGUCAUGUGCCAGCUGCCAUCGAUGGUACCCUCUCUCUUACCCCAGCCUGCCCUUGUGGGCCACAAGGCUGAGGCACACAGCAGGAAAGGGAGUGCUGCAGGUCUCACGGUUACACAUCCCUGGGAUCUGGACCAAGCUCCCCAGUGGGAAGUCUCUACUAGGCCUCCUCCCUGGAGAAACUUUUGGGGUUGCUGGCUGGAAACCAGGUCUAAACCAAGUCCCUUCUGUGGCACCACCUGGUGGCACCUAGUACCGUCCUGUACCAUCCCCUUGGCCUCCCAGCGCCAGCUAGGAAUUCACAUCCCAGCAGCAGGUUUGCAGCCCUGCCCUUCAUCUCCCCAGCCUCCUGUUAUCUAACCCUGACUCUUGAAGAGACUAGGAGGCCAGCGAAGCACAGCUACUUCCCACCUGCUGUUCAUUUCCUAGGUUCUCCUUUCUAAGGCUGCCUUUGCAGAUGGUUUUAAGUCCUCUCAGAAAUGUGGAAAGUACUGGUCUUGACAUCCUGCGUAAUUUGGCCUCCAAGGCCUGUGUCGCCAGAGGAGACACCUACCUGGAGAAGGCUUUUUGUCCCAUUAGUUGGCCUACUUUGCUUCUAUGAGGCCACAGUGCAGCCUAGACUAAGUAAGGCUUGACCUCCCCUCUACCUUCCUCCCUUGCCUGAGUUUUUCUCUUCCAGGUUGCUGCAGUCACUAAGGAAGGCAACUACACCUGCACAUCAGGGCCACCACACUGAACCAGAGAGAGUCCAUCUUUCCCCAACAUGGCAGGGAAGAAGGUGCUCAUCGUCUACGCUCACCAGGAGCCCAGGUCGUUCAACGCGACCCUGAAGAACGUGGCCGUGGAGGAGCUGAGCAGGCAGGGCUGCACCGUCACUGUGUCUGACUUAUAUGCCAUGGGUUUCGAGCCGCGGGCCACAAGGAGCGACAUCACUGGUGCUCUGUCUAAUCCUGAGAGCUUCAGUUAUGGGGUGGAGAUGCACGAAGCCUUCAAGAGGAGGGCCCUGACCCGUGACAUCGCUGCUGAACAGAAAAAGGUGCAGGAAGCUGAUCUAGUGAUAUUUCAGUUCCCGCUGUACUGGUUCAGCGUGCCAGCCAUCAUGAAGGGGUGGAUGGACAGGGUGCUGUGCCAAGGCUUUGCCUUCGACGUCCCAGGAUUCUAUGACUCUGGCCUUCUCAAGAGGAAGUUAGCCCUCCUUUCCUUGACCACGGGAGGUGUAGCCAGCAUGUACACGAAAGCCGGUGACAAUGGAGACUUCCGGUACUUUCUGUGGCCGCUCCAGCACGGCACAUUGCACUUCUGUGGAUUUAAAGUCCUGGCCCCCCAGAUCAGUUUUGCUCCUGAGUACUCAUCAAAAGAAGAAAGAAAAGCAAUGGUGGCCUCAUGGGCACAGCGGCUGAAGAGCCUGUGGCAGGAGGAGCCCAUCCAGUGCUCACCACCCUGGUACUUUGGGCAAUGACACUGAGCCUGAGACCCACACAUGUGCGGGAGAAGAUGCUGUCAUGAAACAAGGUUGCCACAGAGACAAGAGAAGAGUUCAUGCUGUCUGAAUGAGUCCAGCCAGGUCACAUACACCAAUACAGUAGCUUGUUCUCGUGGAUUCUGUUGGCCAAUCUUUGUGCAGCCAAGUUUUCUUUCUUUCUUUUUUACGUAUUUAGUACAGUCUGCCAGGUCUACAGGGUCUC